AUGGCCUAUGACCAAACAACCGACAGGCUUCAGGCGCGUGUCAGGUACCCCAACGGCCAAGUUUUUGUCGUCUCCACAGGCAUUGAGGGAUACGCAUCUCUGAAGCAGCAUUUUCCCUACGCUUCGGAGCUUGAUAUCCGUUGCGGACUCGCAGAUGGAGACUUACUCGAACACAUAUUCAACUAUGAGGACCUACCCCAUCUGUCGCUACUGCACGUAGCAGUCUUAAUGAACGGGGCGACAAAUACUCGGCCCCUCCACGGGCAGGCCCUCAAAAUAUCCCUGCGCAAACGUGGGGGCUUCUUCGCACCGUCCGACGUGAAGAUGCGCAAUGUUACGCUCACAUUGGACAGGGACCUAUGCUCCGGCCUGAGCUCCCUCGAUCUACGGCUGGACAGAUACGUCAGGGGGCGCAUCUCCCUCCGCGCCCUCUUCGAAGUGGUGCGCCACGCCCCGAAACUGACAGUCCUCGCCGUGGACAGAUACCUCGACGUGCCCUUUGACCCACCGCGCGGCGCACCGCGUCCUGUCCCGCUCCAGUCUAACGGGAAUGGUGGCAUGAUCACCGUCAGGCUCAUGGACGAGCCGGAUAACUUGGCCAAGCUCUUCACCCACCUAUCCUUCCCCAUCCAGGGCCCCGGCAUCGACCUCUCAGUGGUGGUGUACACCAACGAUAGCAAUCCGCUGGACCCUAUCCUCGACGUGCUUUCCUCUGCCGAAGGCGGGCUCUCCAUUCUGUCGCAGGCCACCGUUCUUGUAGCGCAAGACGAGAUGGAGUCUGGGCCGUUCAUCGCAGGCUUCCCUUCGAUCGGGCCCGCAGGGGCCGCGCUGCAGUUGCGUUUGUAUCUGCACGCUCUCGACGGCCCAACGUCGGCUGUAGAAGGCCGCAAAUCCGGACAACUCUUCAAGGAUUUAAUUCAUAGCCUGAACAAGUUCGACCCGACUUCUGUGCUCAUCCUCCGGUUCGUUGGCAACAUGCAGGCGGUACCGGAGAAGAUGUGGAGGCGUACGCUCGACCGCUAUGCCAACAUUCGGCAGAUUGAGCUCAAGGACAUGCCCUAUGCACCCGACGGCUCGCUCGACGCGUUCUUCGCUGCGCUCGCCUCUGUAUCCAAUCUCCCGGUACACCAACACCGCCCAGUGUGCCCCGGUCUCGUGGAUUUGGUCAUCUGCGCCACAAUCGAAGCAACCGGACUCGUAGGCACCAUCCAGCGUUGUCUCGAAUGGCGCACACAGAAUGGCGCGGCUCGCCUCCGCCUGCUCAAGCUGGAUUUAUACCCCGACCACGAGUGGAGCCGGCACGAAAAGGCAUUUUGCGAGCAAGCCCUGGCGCCUCUGGUCCACUCCUACGAGAUGUACUUGUUUGAUUUCAAGGACAAGCAGGGAAAGCUCAUGGAAGACGCAGAAGACUGGAAUAAGCAGCUCAGCAGAUCGGUGAACUUUGAGGCCACAAUGCGCAAGAGGGGCUGA